CACAAUCUCGCGAGCUUUGUGUCUCUCCUGCUCGCUGGUUUAAGAUGGCGGAGGCGAAAUAAACCGCAGCCUCAGGAGCAGAAAGUAAAAUCUAAUGAAAGAUGAAGGUGGACCGAAGCAAGCUAAAGAAAACUCCCACGGAGGCUCCUGCUGACUGCAGAGCUCUUAUAGACAAGCUUAAGAUAUGCAAUGAUGAACAGCUACUGCUAGAACUGCAACAGAUCAAGACUUGGAAUAUUGGCAAGUGUGAGCUGUAUCACUGGGUUGAUCUACUGGAUCGUUUUGAUGGAAUUCUUGCUGAUGCUGGGCAAACUGUUGAGAAUAUGUCAUGGAUGCUGGUCUGUGACAGGCCUGAGAAUGGGCAGUUAAAGAGUCUCCUGCUUGCUGUUCUCAACUUCACUGCACUUCUUAUAGAAUACAGUUUUUCCAGACAUCUUUACAGCUCAAUAGAGCACUUGACAACACUGCUGGCCUCCUGUGAUAUGCAGGUGGUACUUGCAGUGCUCAACUUGCUCUAUGUGUUCAGCAAGCGAUCCAAUUAUAUCACCAGGCUUGGUUCAGACAAGAGAGCCCCAUUACUGUCACGCUUGCAGCAUCUAGCAGAGAGUUGGGGCGGAAAAGAAAAUGGAUUUGGACUUGCAGAAUGCUGCAGGGAUUUGCCCAUGAUGAAAUACCCACCAAGUGCCACUACGUUACACUUCGAAUUUUAUGCAGAGCCAAAUGCAGAAGUCAAAGUAGAGAGAAAAGCAACAAGCAACACAUUGCAUUAUAUUCACAUAGAGCAGCUAGACAAGAUUUCUGAAAGCCCUUCUGAAAUAAUGGAGUCCUUAACCUUAAUGUACAAUAUACCGAAAGACAAACAGAUAUUGCUGUUUACACACAUACGACUGGCUCAUGGAUUCUCCAAUCACAAGAAAAGGCUGCAAGCAGUUCAAGCCAGAUUGCAUGCCAUCUCUAUUUUAGUGUAUUCCAAUGCUCUGCAGGAGUCUGCAAACAGCAUUCUGUACAAUGGCUUAAUUGAAGAGCUGGUGGAUGUACUUCAGAUUACUGACAAGCAGCUCAUGGAUAUUAAAGCAGCCUCUCUGCGCACUUUAACUUCUAUUGUUCACCUGGAAAGAACACCAAAGCUUAGUAGCAUCAUUGACUGUACAGGGACUGCAUCGUACCAUGGCUUCCUACCUGUGCUUGUCAGAAAUUGUAUACAGGCAAUGAUUGAUCCUUUGAUGGAACCUUACCCUCACCAGUUUGCUACAGCUUUGUUUUCCUUCCUGUAUCAUCUGGCUAGUUAUGAUGCUGGUGGGGAAGCUCUUGUAUCCUGUGGAAUGAUGGAGGCCCUGCUAAAGGUUAUAAAGUUUCUUGGAGAUGAGCAGGACCAGAUCACUUUUGUGACAAGAGCUGUGAGGGUAGUAGACCUAAUAACAAACCUGGACAUGGCAACAUUUCAGGCUAAUAGUGGAUUAUCCAUAUUUAUUUGUAGGUUAGAGCAUGAAGUUGAGCUAUGUCGUAAAGAAUGUCCAUUUGUCAUAAAGCCCAAAAUCCAAAGGCAAAAUCCUACACAGGAGGGUGAUGAAAUGGAGACUGAUAUGGAAGUGACAGAGGUUGCAAUGGAAAGCAGUCCCGGUCCUUCUACUAUUGCUGAGAAUAGAGAUGAUCAUGAAGUUAGAAAUCAGACUUGUAGUGGUCCUGGUUAUACUAGUCGAGGAGGAGCUCAAUGUAUUCCUCAAAGAGCCGCCCUUCUCAAGUCAAUGUUGAAUUUUCUAAAGAAAGCCAUUCAGGAUCCUGCCUUCUCAGAUGGUAUUCGACAUGUUAUGGAUGGAUCCCUGCCUACCUCACUGAAACACAUCAUCAGUAAUGCUGAAUAUUAUGGACCUUCACUUUUCUUGCUUGCAACUGAAGUGGUAACAGUGUUUGUAUUCCAGGAGCCUUCUCUUCUAUCCUCCCUGCAGGACAAUGGACUCACUGAUGUCAUGUUACAUGCCCUGCUUAUUAAAGAUGUACCUGCUACAAGGGAAGUCCUAGGUUCCUUACCCAACGUUUUCAGUGCUCUUUGUCUCAAUGCCCGUGGACUUCAGUCAUUUGUUCAGUGCCAGCCUUUUGAAAGGCUUUUUAAGGUUCUUCUCUCUCCUGAUUAUCUACCAGCCAUGAGACGACGUCGAAGCUCUGAUCCUCUAGGUGAUACAGCCUCAAAUUUGGGCAGUGCUGUAGAUGAAUUGAUGAGACACCAACCUACCCUGAAAACUGAUGCAACCACUGCCAUUAUUAAGUUGCUGGAAGAAAUUUGUAACUUGGGUCGUGCACCUGAAUACAUAUGUCAGAAGCCAUCAAUUCAGAAAGCUGACGGCACUGCAUCUGCUCCACCUCCCCGCUCAAAUCAUGCAGCUGAAGAAGCUUCAAGUGAGGAUGAGGAGGAAGAGGAAGUACAAGCAAUGCAGAGCUUCAGUAAUGUACAGCAAGGAGAUCCUGAGCCUAUCCAACAAGUUGUGGGUACCGAAGAAAGAAUUCCUAUCCCACUUAUGGAUUACAUUCUCAAUGUGAUGAAGUUUGUUGAGUCAAUUCUAAGCAACAACACUACUGAUGACCACUGCCAGGAGUUUGUGACACAAAAGGGAUUGUUGCCACUGGUCUCUAUACUUGGGCUGCCAAAUUUACCUAUUGAUUUUCCAACAUCGGCAGCCUGUCAAGCUGUUGCUGGAGUCUGCAAAUCUAUACUGACUUUAUCACAUGAACCUAAAGUUCUACAAGAGGGUUUACUACAGCUUGAUGGAAUCCUAUCAUCGCUAGAGCCUUUGCACAGACCUAUUGAUGCUCCUGGUGGUUCAGUUCUUUUGCGUGAACUUGCAAAUGCAGGAAAUGUGACUGAUGCAACAUUGUCUGCCCAGGCUACACCAUUAUUACACGCUCUCACUGCUGCACAUGCUUACAUAAUGAUGUUUGUCCACACAUGCAGAGUUGGGCAGAGUGAAAUUCGAGCCAUCUCUGUAAACCAGUGGGGCUCCCAGCUAGGUCUUAAUGUUCUAAAUAAACUAAGUCAACUUUACUGUUCACUGGUGUGGGAGAGCACAGUAUUACUUUCACUCUGUACACCUAAUAGCCUUCCCCCAGGAUGUGAAUUUGGACAAGCAGACAUGCAAAAACUAGUUCCAAAGGAAGAGAAAGGCAUGACUGUUGCAGCCUCUGGUGUCAGAAAGCCAGAAGGGGACUCUGACUCCUCAACACUAAGCAACUCCAGUGCUGUUGAGCAUUCUGCACAGGGAUUGCUGGAGGGAAUAGGACUUGAUGGAGAUGCCCUUGCACCAAUGGAGACUGAUGAGCCAAGCACGUCUGACUCAAAAAGCAAAUCUAAACUUACCCCAGCAAUGGCUGCACGCAUCAAACAAAUCAAACCGCUGCUGUCUGCAUCUUCUCGACUGGGACGGGCCCUAGCAGAACUUUUUGGGCUUUUGGUGAAGCUUUGUGUUGGCUCACCUGUUCGACAAAGGAGGAGUCAUCAUGCAGCUAGUACAACAACUGCUCCAACACCUGCUGCUCGUUCUACAGCAUCCUCUCUGACUAAACUGUUAACGAAAGGAUUGUCCUGGCAGCCUCCUCCUUACACUCCCACUCCACGAUUUAGACUUACUUUCUUCAUAUGUUCUGUGGGGUUCACAUCCCCUAUGCUUUUUGAUGAGAGAAAGUAUCCAUAUCACCUGAUGCUACAAAAAUUCUUCUGUUCUGGGGGACAUGAUGCUUUAUUUGAGACAUUUAACUGGGCUCUGUCAAUGGCUGGCAAGGUCCCUGUGUCAGAGGGACUUGAACAUCCAGAUCUUCCAGAUGGUACAGGAGAAUUUCUGGAUGCUUGGCUAAUGCUUGUGGAAAAAAUGGUAAACCCUACUACUGUAUUGGAGUCGCCCCAUUCUCUCCCAGCCAAGCUUCCGGGAGGGGGACCAAACCAGCCUCAGUUUAGUGCUCUCCGAUUUCUAGUAGUCACCCAGAAGGCUGCAUUCAACUGUAUCCUGAACUUGUGGAACAGGAAACCUCUGAAGGUAUAUGGAGGCCGCAUGGCAGAGUCCAUGCUUGCCAUUCUCUGCCAUAUUCUCAGAGGUGAACCAGUCAUCCGUGAACGUUUAUCCAAAGAGAAAGAUGGUGCUCGUGGAGGUGAGGAAGAAGGUGCUGCACCUGAAGAAGGUACUGCACAGAGAAGAGAGCCACAAGUCAAUCAGCAGCAGUUACAACAGCUGAUGGACAUGGGAUUCUCCAGGGAACAUGCCAUGGAAGCUCUUCUGAAUACCAGCACAAUGGAGCAAGCAACAGAGUACCUUCUCACUCAUCCUCCGCCUCUGCUGGGUGGUGUAGUGAGAGACCUGAGUAUGUCCGAAGAAGACCAAAUGAUGAGAGCAAUUGCAAUGUCUCUUGGCCAAGAUAUCUCCAUGGAGCAGCGCUCUGAUUCUCCUGAGGAAACAGCACGGCGUAAAGAGGAAGAAGAGCGCAAGACUCGGGAAAAGCAAGAGGAGGAGGAAGCUAAAUGUCUAGAAAAGUUUCUUGAUGCAGAACCUCUGGUACCUGAUGAAUUGCACAAGUUUACUGACACCAUGCUUCCAGGUUGCUUUCACUUACUGGAUGAGCUGCCAGACACAGUGUAUCGUGUUUGUGACCUUAUUAUGACUGCUAUCAAAAGGAAUGGAGCUGAUUAUCGAGAUAUGAUAUUGCGGCAGGUAGUCAACCAGGUUUGGGAGGCUGCUAAUGUGUUAAUCAAAGCUGCUUUACCACUUACUACUAGUGAUACCAAAACUGUUUUAGAAUGGACAAGUCAAAUGGCUACACUUCCACAAGCCUCCAACCUUGCAACACGUAUCUUGCUACUCACGCUUCUCUUUGAGGAGUUAAAACUGUCCUGUGCUCGCAUUGUGGAGAAUAGUGGGAUUCUCAAUGUGUUGAUAAAGCUGCUUGAGGUUGUUCAGCCCUGCCUGCAGGCUGCAAAGGAGCAGAAAGAAGUGCAAACUCCAAAGUGGAUAACGCCUGUAUUGCUUCUUAUUGACUUCUAUGAGAAAACAGCAGUGUCAUCAAAAAGAAGGGCACAAAUGAACAAGUAUUUACAACCAAACAGUAACAACUGGAGAUGGUUUGAUGAUCGAUCUGGCCGAUGGUGCAGCUAUAGUGCCAGUAACAAUAGUACAAUUGAUACUGCCUGGCGAGCUGGUGAGAGCAGUGUUAGGUUCACAUCAGGAAGGAGGCGUUAUACUGUCCAAUUCAACACCAUGGUGCAAGUAAAAGAAGAAACUGGUAACAGAAGACCAGUAAUGCUUACCGUGCAACGCUUGCCACGUAUUGGGAAAAGUGGAAAAAAUGGCAAUGGGCAGGACUUGGAUAAAACCCUUGAAGAGAGCAAAGAAACGGAUAUACGCCACAAGAAGGACCGUGAAGAUUCUCUCUCUGUUUCAACAAGUAGUACCAUAUCUUGCCAGGAGAAUUCUGGUUUUGUCGAGUCUGCAGCAGCUAUUGUAAUUCAAGGUCUUUCUGAAGACAUGACAACUGUGUUAAUUCGAGCUUGUGUCAGCAUGAUCAGUGUACCAGUUGACCCUGACACACUGCAUGCCACGCUAAGACUUUGCUUACGCCUUACACGUACACAUCAAUAUGCCAUGAUGUUUGCAGAACUGAAGAGUACACGAAUGAUCCUUAACCUGACCCAGAGUUCUGGUUUCAAUGGCUUUACUCCUUUGGUCACACUAUUGUUUAGACACAUUAUAGAAGAUCCUGCAACUUUGAGACAUACAAUGGAGAAGGUUGUCCGUUCAGCAGUUACAAGUGGUGCUGGAAGUACCACAUCAGGAGUUGUUUCAGGUAGCCUUGGCUCCCGAGAAAUAAAUUAUAUUUUACGAGUGCUGGGUCCUGCAGCAUGCCGAAAUCCUGAUUGUUUUACUGAAGUGGCUAUGAAUUGCAUUCGUAUUGCCUUGCCUGCACCUAGAGGAACUGGAACAGCUUCUGAUGACGAGUUUGAAAACCUGCGUAUCAAGGGUCCUAAUGCUGUCCAGCUUGUAAAGACCACCCCACUAAAGCUGUCCCCUCUUCCUGCUAUUCCCGAUCCAAUCAAAGAGGUCAUUUAUGAUAUGCUUAAUGCCCUGGCAGCAUACCAUGCUCCUGAGGAAGCAGAUCGCACAGAAACCCGCAUGGUGACUGUAGCUGGCAGUCAGGAAUUGUGCCAGAUCCUGCAAGAUGUAGGAGAUGAUGUUUAUCACCAGUAUAGACUUACCCGGCAAGGCAGUGACUUUGAUUCACAAACUGGCUUCAGCUUAAAUUCUCAGGUAUUUGCUACAGAUGGUAGUGCUGCAGAGUCUUCUCAAUCAGGAACACCUCAGGGUGAAGCAUCCACACCUGAGGAACCUAGGGAAGGAAAAAAAGACAAGGAGGGUGAGAAAGUCCCUGAAGAUCAGAAACUGAAGUCAAAAGGGAGCAAACCACUAAUGCCAACCUCAACAAUUUUGAGACUGCUGGCCGAGUUGGUUCGCUCUUAUGUUGGUAUUGCUACUCUAAUUGCUAAUUACUCAUACACAGCUGGACAGUCUGAGCUAAUAAAAGAGGAUUGCAGUGUCUUGGCAUUUGUUCUUGAUCAUCUUCUACCACAUACUCAAAGUGCAGAGGACAAGGACACACCUGCUUUGGCAAGGUUGUUUUUGGCUAGUCUUGCUGCUGCAGGCACUGGAACAGAUGCUCAGGUUGCACUUGUCAAUGAGGUGAAGUCUGCCCUGUCUCGGGCACUGGCAAUGUCAGAAAGCACAGAGAAGCAUGCCAGAUUGCAGGCAGUGAUGUGUAUUAUUAGUACUAUCAUGGAGUCCUGCCCCUCCACAUCUAGUUUCUACAGCACAGCAGCUGCCAAGACCCAGCAUAAUGGCAUGAAUAACAUUAUCCGCCUCUUUCUCAAGAAGGGUCUGGUAAAUGAUUUGGCGAGGGUCCCACACAGUCUAGAUCUUUCAAGUCCUAAUAUGGCCAAUACUGUUAAUGCUGCUCUGAAGCCCCUUGAGACUCUAUCUCGUAUUGUUAAUCAGCCAAGCAGUCUGUUUAGCAGCAAAAGUGCUUCCAACAAGAACAAGAAUGAACAGGAUCAGCAUGGGACCACCCGGGAUACAAACAGUAAUGUACCUGACACAGUGGAUACUAGUGAAACAGAAGCUCAUGAAGAGGAUUCUACACCUGCAGGAGUAACUGAUCCAGAUAUAAUGGAUGGUGAGACAGAGGCUGAUAGCGUGGUUAUUGCUGGACAGACUGAAGGCCUCAAUCCUCAAGAAAUGCAGGUUGAAAGUGAACUAGUUGACCUCAUCGAUGAGCUUUUGGAGCGGGAUGCUGGUACAGUGAACAGCACCAUCAUUGUAGGCCGAAAUGGAGAAGAUGAAUCUCAAGAGGAUGUUUUAAUGGAUGAAGCACCCUCAAAUCUGAGCCAAGCAUCCACUUUGCAAGCUAACAGAGAAGAUUCAAUGAAUAUUCUUGACCCGGAGGAUGAAGAGCAUACACAAGAAGAAGACAGCAGUGGGAGCAAUGAAGAUGAAGAUAGUCAAGAUGAGGAGGAGGAGGAAGAGGAGGAAGAUGAGGAAGAUGAUCAGGAUGAUGAAGAGGGGGAAGAAGGAGAUGAGGAUGAUGAUGAUGAUGGCUCUGAGAUGGAGCUGGAUGAAGAUUACCCUGAUAUAAACACAGCCCCUCACAUACGAUUUGAAAGGUUUGACCGUGAAGACGAUCUCAUCAUUGAAUUUGACAACAUGUUCUCCACAGCUACGGAUAUCCCCCCUUCUCCUGGCAAUAUUCCCACUACACACCCCCUAAUGGUACGCCAUGCAGAUCACAGUGCCUUAACCUUAGGAGCCGGCAACUCCACUACUCGUCUUACUCAAGGCAUAGGGCGAAGCCAGAGGACUCUGCGCCAACUCACUGCUAAUACAGGGCACACAAUUCAUGUGCACUAUCCUGGGAAUAGACAGCCAAACCCACCGCUGAUUCUGCAGAGGUUGCUUGGACCUUCUGCUGCAGCAGAUAUUCUACAGCUAUCUAGCAGUCUUCCACUUCAAUCUAGAGGUAGAGCUCGCUUACUUGUUGGGAAUGAUGAUGUACAUAUCAUUGCAAGAUCUGAUGAUGAGCUGCUGGAUGAUUUCUUCCAUGAACAAAGUGCCACUGGUGGGCAAGCGGGUACAUUGUCUAAUAUUCCUACUGCUUUGACUCGGUGGACUGAUGAGUGCAAGGUGCUAGAUGCAGAGAGCAUGCAUGACUGUGUGGCAGUGGUGAAAGUCCCAAUUAUUCAGCAUUUAGAAUCUCUUCGUGAUGAAGAGCUGGAGGAAAGACGAGAAAAGCGAAGGAAGCAACUUGCUGAUGAAGAAGAAGCAAAACAGAAUGAAAAGUCAUCUGGAGGGGAAUUGGAACCAGGCUUACAGUUUUCACCUCAGGGUACUGGGACUCAUACAUCAAGUUCAACAGUACAGAAUCCAACAGAUGUUGAUCAGCCUCAACUUGUGUCCUCAUCCCUGGAUACCUCACGGGGAUCUGAAGGAUACCUCACAGCUCCACCAUCAGGGGAGGGAACUCCAACUGCUCCAGAAUCUUUGGUCAGUUUAGAGACUGCUGUCAGUCAGCAGCAUCCCAUUGUGGAGCUCUUGCCGGGUGAUGUGGUGGCAGAGCCUCAUUUGGAUUCAUCAGCUGCAGUGGCUACUGCUGAUCUUAGUGACCCCACAGCUAACCGUACUACAAAUGAGGUUGAAGCAUCACAAAUGGAGAUGUCACCAGCCCCCACUAUAGCCUCUUUGUCACCAGAACGGGCAGAAGGCUCAGAUGCACUCACAGCCGUCAGUUCUCACUUAGAAGGUUCUCCUAUGGACACUAGCAGCCCUGCUUCAGCUGGAACACUAGAGGAGCCAUCAGGAGAUACCAGUGUAACAACUGCUGGAAAUAGUAGUGGUGACAGGAGCCUUCAAGGUGGUGGAGUUAGUAGUGUGAGUGAGCCACUAAGAGAAGGAGAUAGCAGUGUCGUUUCCGUGUCUACACUGGUAGAGGGGCUUGGUGACGGAGGCUCGCAUGUCGCACAGACAAUUCUAGAGGAACCUCUCCCUUCUACCAGCAGCGAGGAGGAGGAUCCUCUUGCUGGUAUUAAUCUUCCUGAGGGAGUAGACCCUUCCUUCUUGGCAGCUCUCCCAGAAGAUAUCCGUAGGGAAGUGUUGCAGAAUCAGCUUGGUAUUCGACCACCCGCUCGCCCAGUUCCUACAGCAACUGUUCCUACUCCAACACCUGCUCUGGUAGGGAGUGCUGGAGUUACAGAAGUCAGUCCUGAGUUUCUGGCUGCACUGCCACCUGCCAUUCAGGAAGAGGUACUGGCACAGCAGCGUGCCGAGCAACAACGUCGUGAGCUCUCACAGGCAGCCACUGGUGACACACCUAUGGACCCUGUCACUUUUAUUCAGACUCUACCUUCAGACUUGCGACGCAGUGUGCUGGAAGACAUGGAAGACAGUGUGUUGGCUGUCAUGCCUCCAGAUAUUGCUGCUGAAGCACAGGCACUCCGGAGAGAGCAAGAAGCUCGGCAGAGGCAGCUUAUGCAUGAGAGACUAUUUGGCCACAGUGGUUCUUCUGCACUUUCUGCUAUCCUUCGUAGCCCAGCAUUCACCAGCCGUCUGAGUGGUAAUCGGGGAGUUCAGUACACUCGUUUAGCUGUUCAAAGAGGGCCUUUUCAUAUGGGAGGCAGUGGCAGUCAUAACAGGCCCUCAAGUUCUAAUGUGGACUCACUGCUGCGUUUACGUGGUCGUCUUCUCUUGGACCAUGAGGCUCUGUCUUGUCUCCUUGUACUACUCUUCGUGGAUGAGCCUAAACUGAACACUAGUCGCUUACACAGAGUACUGCGAAAUUUGUGUUACCACAUGCAAACGCGAAACUGGGUAAUAAGAAGCCUGCUGUCGAUUUUACAGAGGAGUAGUGAAAGUGAGCUCUGUAUAGAGAGCCCCAGGCUUGCCAGUGUUGGUGGAGAUGAAAGGGGAAGCAAACGUCCUACAUCUGUCCCAGGUUCUGGCGUUGGGAAAGGUAUACCUGUAAUGUCCGCCUCCUCCUCUUUGGAAUUGCUUCAUAAGAUGGAAUCCAAAAGUUCAAACCAACUGUCCUGGCUCUCUGUAUCAAUGGAUGCUGCUUUAGGCUGUAGGACAAAUAUCUUCCAAAUUCAGCGCUCUGCGGGUCGGAAGCAUACAGAAAGGCAUGCUGGUUGUGGCUCUACUGUCCAUAUCCACCCACAAGCUGCUCCUGUGGUUUGCAGGCAUGUGCUGGACACACUUAUUCAGCUUGCUAAGGUAUUUCCUAGCCAUUUUACACAGCAGCGUCCAAAGGACCCCCAUUCAUCAGAAAACGAUGGCAAAGAAAGAUUGUAUGCUGUAGGUAGUGGAGGAGGAGGAAAGCCCCUCACUGGUAUAGGAGUGACGCCUCCUUGUCAAGCAACACACCCACCAACUGCUUUCAGCAAUCCUCAAAUGCAGGGCCUGGGAAUCUCCACAGACUUUUGGGACCUCCUUGUCAAGUUAGACAAUAUGAAUGUGAGCCGCAAAGGGAAAGCCUCAGUGAAAUCUUUGCCUAUAGGUGGAACUGGGGAAUCUGAAGGAACACAAUGUAGCCUAGAGGCUUCCCCCCUAGGCCAGUUAAUGAACAUGCUCUCCCACCCAGUCAUCCGUCGGAGUUCUCUGCUCACUGAGAAGCUGCUUCGAUUGCUCUCUCUUAUUUCAAUAGCACUCCCUGAUAACAAAGCAACUGAGGUGCCUGUAAGUCAUGCAGGAACAGGCACUCCAGCUGUCACUCAACCUGUGCCAGCAGGCUCCACCACUACUGGAACAACAGGCAUUACCUCAGUCAGCACCACUGUUGCAACUGCAGUCACUACGACAAUCUCUGCCAGUACGACAGCACUCUCCGUCCAAAAGCCCUCUCGUUCAUCUGCCAUUGCAACUCAAGACUCAUCCAGCACAUCGGACAAAAUGGCAUCCAGUGGACUGACUGAAAAGCAGCUACAGCUCUCAGUAGAGGUUUUGACGUCACACUCCUGUUCUGAGGAAGGUCUGGAGGAUGCUGCAAAUAUUUUGCUCCAGCUUUCGAGGGGAGAUGCAGGAACAAGGGACACUGUUCUCAAACUGUUACUCACUGGUGCUCGCCAGUUAGGCUAUACACUAUGCAAACAGAUUGGUACUUUGCUUGCAGAGCUACGUGAAUAUAACCUAGAGCAGCAGAGACGAGCUCACUCAGAUGCCCAUUCUCCUGAUGGCAUGCAAGAAGACCAACCACAUAGUGCAAAACUGAAGGGCAAGAUGACUAGCAGGUUUGAUACAGCUGAGAAUGUUGUGAUUGUGGCAUCACAGAAACGUACCCUGGGUGGACGAGAGCUGCAGCUGCCUUCCAUGAGUUCACUUACUUCCAAGACCUCAACCCAGAAGUUCUUUCUGAGGGUGCUUCAGGUUAUCAUUCAGUUAAGAGAGGACACACGAAGAGCCAACAAGAAAGCCAAGCAAACUGGGAGACUAGGUACAUCCAGCCUGGGCUCGGCCAGCAGUAUCCAAGCCGCUGUGCGUCAGCUGGAAGCUGAGGCAGAUGCCAUUAUCCAAAUGGUACGUGAGGGGCAGAGAGCCAGGAGACUGCAGCAAUCUUCUGCCACUACCACCACAGCAUCCGCCACGCCGGAUGCCCCUGCAGUUGAGGUUCAGCCAGCACGCAGGGAUGAGUCUCCAAUGGAUGUUGACCAGCCCUCUCCUUCCGGACAAGAAGCCCCUUCAGCUGAAUCCGUUAGUACAUCUGGGAGCUCUGUACCAGCUGAACGAGAGGAGAAAGUUCCAGAGUUGCCUCUGCUUAGUGAGCAGCUGUUAUUGGAUGAGCUGUGGGACAUGUUGGGCGAGUGUUUGAAAGAACUUGAGGAAUCGCAUGACCAACAUGCAGUUCUUGUUCUCCAGCCAGCUGUGGAGGCUUUCUUCCUUGUUCAUGCUACUGAGCGUGAAAGCAAACCACCAGUUCGUGAUACACGAGAAAGUCAGUUGGCUCAUAUUAAAGAUGAGCCCCCCCCUUUGUCUCCAGCACCUCUUACCCCCGCUACUCCAUCUUCUUUGGACCCCUUUUUUUCAAGAGAACCUUCAUCUAUGCACAUCUCUUCCAGUUUACCACCAGACACACAGAAAUUUCUUCGAUUUGCAGAAACUCAUCGUACAGUCCUUAAUCAGAUUCUGCGUCAGUCCACCACUCAUCUUGCAGAUGGUCCCUUUGCUGUUUUGGUCGACUAUAUCAGAAUACUAGAUUUUGAUGUAAAACGCAAGUAUUUUCGUCAGGAAUUGGAACGUUUGGAUGAAGGACUUAGAAAAGAAGACAUGGCUGUCCAUGUAAGGAGGGACCAUGUUUUCGAGGAUUCUUAUAGAGAGCUGCAUCGCAAAAGUCCUGAAGAAAUGAAGAACAGAUUGUAUAUAGUAUUUGAAGGAGAAGAGGGCCAAGAUGCUGGGGGUCUGCUCCGUGAGUGGUAUAUGAUCAUCUCCAGGGAAAUGUUUAACCCUAUGUAUGCACUGUUCCGCACCUCUCCUGGAGACCGAGUUACCUAUACAAUUAAUCCAUCAUCUCAUUGCAAUCCCAACCACCUUAGCUAUUUUAAAUUUGUUGGCCGGGUGGUAGCUAAGGCUGUAUAUGACAACCGGUUGCUUGAAUGCUAUUUUACCAGGAGCUUCUACAAGCAUAUUCUAGGCAAAAGUGUUAGGUAUACAGACAUGGAAAGUGAAGAUUACCACUUUUACCAAGGUUUGGUUUAUUUGCUGGAGAAUGAUGUUUCCACUUUAGGAUAUGAGCUCACAUUUAGCACUGAGGUUCAAGAAUUUGGUGUUUGUGAAGUUCGUGACCUUAAGCCUAAUGGAGCAAAUAUUCUUGUGACUGAAGAAAACAAGAAAGAGUAUGUGCACUUGGUUUGUCAAAUGAAGAUGACAGGUGCAAUACGAAAACAGCUUGCAGCAUUUUUGGAAGGGUUCUAUGAAAUCAUUCCCAAAAGACUCAUUUCCAUUUUCACUGAGCAGGAACUUGAACUUUUAAUAUCUGGCCUACCUACAAUUGAUAUUGAUGACCUCAAGGCUAACACAGAGUACCAUAAAUACCAGUCCAGUUCUAUACAGAUACAGUGGUUCUGGAGGGCUUUGCGCUCUUUUGACCAGGCGGACCGUGCCAAGUUCCUUCAGUUUGUAACUGGGACCUCCAAAGUACCACUGCAAGGUUUUGCAGCUCUGGAGGGAAUGAAUGGUAUUCAGAAAUUUCAGAUUCACAGAGAUGAUCGAUCAACGGACAGAUUGCCUUCUGCCCACACCUGUUUCAACCAGCUAGACCUGCCGGCAUAUGAAAGCUACGAGAAGCUAAGGCACAUGCUGCUACUAGCCAUUCAGGAGUGCUCGGAGGGCUUUGGCCUGGCAUAGUCCUUAGCUGUGCUCCUCACUACUUGCAUUUGUUUGUCAUUGAGCCUUCUGACUCGACUUGAACCUUGGAAGCCUUGGAAAUUGGCGUGCCGAGACGCUUGUUACCUACCACAGAUGAACACAGCUUGAAAUUUACUGUUGCCAGGAAUGCAGAGUAAGCCAGUGAGGCUGUGGACAUGCGAUGUGGCAUAAGGGGGCAUGGAAAAUGAGGCUUUUUGUCCUCGGAGAAAGACUUCUAAAGUAAACGUUUUGGAAAAAAAUAAAAAAUUAUAGAUGACAUCCUGUUUGCAUCUCUAUUUUUGAGCUUGGAAUAUGUGAUGACAUUAUAAGUGCACAGAUCUGUACCAAGACAUUUUAAAGUGAAUGUGCUGGGAAGCAAGUGAUUGUUCUAGGGUUUGGGUGCACCAAAUAAUAAAACGAUAAAGUAAAAUUUAAUAUCUGAGGAAACCGUUCUGCUGCAGCCUGAGUUCUACAUGGCCUCCCAAUCCUUUUCUGGUUGUCCAUCUCUUUUUCUGCUGUUGCUGAACAUCUAGCUGCUUGUAAGAAAAAGUGUAUAUAUAUCUAUAUAAAUAUAUAUAUAUAUACAUACAGCUUAAUUUAAUUGAAUGCAAUUUUUUCACUUUGUAAAUAACAGGAAGCAGACUGUUCCUUCAUGGAUCAGAAAUAUAAAUGGAAGUGCUUAAGAAUUAUUUUAAUCUGAAAGGUGGACUUUGCAGAUGACCUUUUUGGGCUUUUUUAACGCACACCACCUCUAGACAAUAUGAUGGUUUUGGAGUGUGGUGUGUGUGAGUGACUUGCUCACACCUUGGAUGUUGCUUACUUGCAGCAUGGAUGCUAGUGAUGGAGAUGUCAUACCCCAGCGUCAGAGUUCUGCUGGGAGAAUCCCCUCGUGGAACCCAACAGUACCACCCAAUUAAGCCAUAGGCCUUUUAACAAAUACAAAUAAAUACCAGAAAGCCUUCUGUUUUGGUUAGCAGUGCAGAGAGUAUGAGCGGUUUGUAAAUUUAAGCUUAAGUUGGGGUGUUUUUCCCCUCCCAUAAAUUGUUUCUAAAAAAAUAUGUUGUUAAUUCUUCAGAUCUUUUAACUUUAACACAUUUCCUGCAUCUAAUCAUAGAGGUGAUUUGUUCUAGUGAGGGGCUAAAAUGGCUAUAUUUGAAAUCACACCUGUUCUAACGUGUUAAUCCCAGACGAAGCUCACCUCACAGCCCAACCACAGAUCUGUAGCCCGGGGUUUUCUCACAUGGGCUGGUUGUACUGAAGUUGAAUUCUUUUUUUUUUGCUCUUCCUCACUGUUUUGUUGAUGUUCAAGCUCCAGUCCAAAUCUGUAAAUGUGUGGCGUUUAGUCAGCAACAGUAUGUAUGGAGAAGGGCAACAGUUUCAAUUGUAUCAGAAGGGAUGGAAAAGGAGCUGCAGGCUUUACCACUGCUUAGAAAUUUAAAAUGUUUCAAAAAUUGGGAGAAUUUUCAAUAAAGGUUUAGUUUGAAGCAAA